UGACGCAACGCGGAAGUAAAAUAAAGCAACAUGGACAAGAGCGAGAAAGGGAAUCUGGAUCAGGUGAAGCACGUGGUUCUGGUUCUGUCUGGUAAAGGUGGAGUGGGAAAGAGCACCAUCACCACUGAACUCGCCCUGGCGCUCAAACAUGCGGGCAAGAAGGUGGGUAUCCUGGAUGUGGAUCUGUGCGGGCCGAGUAUCCCGCGGAUGCUGAGCGUGGGGAAGCCGGAGGUGCAUCAGUGUGACUCGGGGUGGGUGCCGGUGUACGCGGACCCCCAGCAGCAGCUGGCGCUCAUGUCCAUCGGCUUCCUGCUGGAGGACUCGGACGAGGCCGUCGUGUGGAGGGGCCCCAAAAAAACAGCUCUGAUUGGCCAGUUUGUCAGUGACGUGGCAUGGGGCGAACUGGACGUUCUGCUGGUGGACACACCGCCGGGGACGUCAGACGAACACCUGGCCGUGCUCGAGAACCUGCGCAAACACCGAGUGGACGGAGCCGUGCUGGUCACUACACCACAGGCGGUGUCCACAGGAGACGUGAGGCGCGAGAUCACCUUCUGCAAGAAGACCUCCUUGAAGAUCCUGGGCAUCGUGGAGAACAUGAGUGGCUUCGUGUGUCCACACUGUUCGGAGUGCAGUAACAUUUUCUCUAAAGGCGGCGGAGAAGAACUGGCCAAGCUCACUGGAUCUGUGUUUCUGGGCUCAGUACCGCUGGAUCCGCUCCUGACAGCGAGUUUAGAGGAGGGCCGGGACUUCCUGCAGGCGUUUCCAGAGAGCAGCACGUACACGGCCAUCAGUCAUAUAGCGAACGCUCUCCUCAGCGGCCUGGACUGAACACCAGACACACGGCAGACAUUCACGUUCCUGCUUCACGCCGUUCAUCUGUGCAAUCUAGAGUAUAUUAGAUAUGUUACCCGUAAUACAAUGUUUAAAUAAAAAAAUAUUAAAGAAAUGGC